AUGGAGCAUCCGGUGACCCCAUUGUGCCACAUCAUCCGCCGCAUCAACAAUCCGGAUCAUGCUGAGCAUUAUCGUGUUCGUUCCUUGGACUUCGACCGUCUCAUCGCCUACAAGUCCACGCUUGUGCCGAAUUUUUUAACGGAGGAACAUCGCUCAGUUAACCGCAUGAUUGAUCGUGUUGCCGCAUGGACAGAAGUGUUGCUUACAGACAUUUAUGAUUAUAUAACUAACGAUGAUCCCGCCCUUGUAGAGCAAAUGGUAAAUCUCGAAGACGAGAUUAUCCUUCUGGCUCUUGCGAUCGAUCGUCUCGCCUUCAUGGUUACCGAGGAGCAUCCAAUUCUUCAUGUUUGCGAGCACUGA